UGACUGGCCCCCCUGACGCGCGUUUGCACGUCUCAGGUGCAAGCAUUACUGCGGUCCCGCAGACCAUCCAUCGAAUUCACCAACUUUGCACGUACUCUGAGGGUCAAUUUGCCGCACAUCAACUCACCAUCACCAUUGCGACAAUGGCGGCUAUACAAGCCGCCCCAGCGGUGGCCGAGCUUGACUCGCUGCUGUGCGGGUCAAGCUUCACAAGUAACGACUCGACAGAGACCUCAUCGUCGAAUUUCGCUUCCCCGAGCUCCACACCACCGACCACAGUGUCCCCGGAUAGCAUGUCUCUCGCCUCGGAGCCGGACCUCCCAAAACCAGAGAGCGGCAUCGCGCCCAGCAUCGAGGCAGUGAUCGCGGUCACCGAUUCGCACGAGCCCCGAGCCGAACAACACGCGUCUGGCCAGCAAACACCGGUCGGCGAGGACGCUAUUGUCGUCGCAGAGCCGCCCCGACCUACCGAAUCCUCCGAACUCGCCGAACCUUCCCCCACGAGCCGCCCACGACGAGCUCGGUCUAGCCUUCCAGUCUACAACCUCGCAAAACUCGCUGGCACCGACAUACAUGGCAAGCGGAGGUCCAAAGGAGACGCAGUCGUUGACAAGAGACGCCGCACCAUUUCUGAAGGCACGCUCGCGAAUCAUGACGAUUCGGCCCCAAAUGGCUCGACAGACGCGCUUGAAAGACCAAACCAAGCUGGCCAAGAUAAUGCCGACGCGUCUCGGACGCGUGGCUCAGCCCCCGUUCUUCACAAGCCGAAGAGCGCCCGAGUCUCCAAAAAAUCCUCUUCAAGUCCCGUCCCGGCGCGUUUGACGCGCCGCGCCGCGCGUCUUUCUGGUGCGCCCGUCGAAAACCUUACCCUGAAGCUCUCGGCCCUCGGGAAGCGUGGCAAAAAGGCGAUCGAGAAGGGAUUCGGCCGGCUCUCGCGCGAGCUUUUGCGUUUGAAGGACACGGACGAGUUCGCGCAUAUCGAUACGCGCCCGGUCCGGUACACGGUCUGGAGCAACGGCAAAUACGUCGACAUAGAUCCGUCCCAGGAGACCCCUGCCCGAGAGCCGCCGCGGAAGAAGGUCAAGGUGGACGAGAAGGCGAACAAUGACGAGCAAAAGGCGGCGCCGUCGGAGAAGCCAGAAGCUGGCGCACCAGACCCAGCCAAGAAGCCGCGGCAGAAGAAAUGGCUUGAGAAAGGUCUCUACGCCGGCCAGGAAGCGCCGACCGAUAUCUUCAAGGGCCUGACGGCACAGGAAAAGAAGAAGCUUGCUUCACUCCCCGAGCUCAUGCGCAGGGGCAAGCCAAACAAAACCUUCCCGCUGCCCAUGUACAAUGGCCUGCGCAUCCUUAUCCACGGGCGUGAUUUCAAGCUGCCGUUUGAUGUCUGCAAUCCCCUGCCCCCCGGCCAGCCCAAACCGGCCGCAUAUCGCACCAUGACGAAGAACCGCUUCGUUGGGGAUGCGGCAUCGUACUGGAAAAAGACGCCGCAUAUUGAGGAUUUUGCGUCCAAAUGCGUCUGCAAGCCCGAGGACGGCUGUGGCGAGGACUGUCAAAAUCGCAUCAUGCUCUACGAGUGCGACGAGACGAACUGCGGCAUUGGCAAGGAGUAUUGUCAGAACCGCGCAUUCCAGGAUCUUCAGGAGCGCACCAAGAAGGGCGGCCGGUACCGCAUCGGCGUGGAAGUCUUCAAAACGAAGGACCGCGGUUACGGAGUGCGCAGCAAUCGCUGCUUCGAGCCGAACCAGAUCAUCAUGGAGUAUACGGGCGAAAUCAUCACCGUCGCCGAGUGCGAGCGCCGCAUGAACGAGGAGUACAAAGACAACGAGUGUUACUACCUCAUGUCCUUCGACCAGAACAUGAUCAUUGACGCAACCACCGGUAGCAUCGCGCGGUUCGUCAAUCACUCGUGCUCUCCAAACUGCCGGAUGAUCAAGUGGAUCGUAGCCGGGCAGCCUCGCAUGGCCCUAUUCGCCGGCGACCGCCCCAUCAUGACGGGCGAGGAGCUCACCUACGACUACAACUUUGAUCCCUUCUCAGCUAAGAACGUGCAGAAGUGUCUCUGCGGUAGUCCCAACUGCCGGGGCGUGCUGGGCCCGAAGCCAAAGGAGGUCAAGACGCCAAAACCGGCCAAGGAAGAAAAGAAGUCUGUCAAAACGACCAGGACGACUAAGACGACCAAGACGUCCAAAGCUUCGGCCAAGGAGAAGGCCACGGUCAGGACGACCGUCAAGGUAUCCACCAAAACAGCAACGAAGCGGAAGGUCAAGGAUGCCUUUGAGUUUGACGGAGACGAGGAGGAGGAAGCCGCGAAGACGGUCAAAAAGCGCAAGAUCAAGACGUCGACCGGCGUCAAGCGGACCGUGUCCUCGGCCGGUCUGAAGGCGGCAAAGGGAGCAGCGAAGAAGGCAGCCAAGGGCGUCACCACCAUCAAGCGGAGCGUGUCAACUAUCUCGGUCUCCUCAAAGAAGAAAACGGGCCCGAGCUCGUCUUCCAAGGUAGUCACGACUAAGGCGGCCAAGGUAACCAAGAAGAAGACAACCACCGCCGUCCAACGCGGCGUCUCCAAAAAGAUCGCUGGCAAGAAAUCUACCUCCACGACCACUUCCACCGCGACCAGUGCCAAAAGCACGACCACGGCAAAACCGAAGACAGUCGUCCCCUCCCGCAGCCCAAGCCUAACCAUCGUGGCGGCAGGCGUCACCACCCCUGCAGCGCAAAAGAAGAAGAACUCCAAGGGGAGUUCGACUCCGGUCUCGGCGACGCCCGCGACUUCGUCCUCGGCUUCGGCUAAGGGAGAGCUGCCCAAGCUGACAAUCUCGGGCAGCGGCAAGACUUCGGCACGCAAGUGGACUCCCUCGCGCAAGGCACUCGAGGCGGGCGUGGUGCUCGCGGGAAGCCCGGCUUCAGCCAGGUCGCCAGCCAAGGCCGCGGGCAGCCCCAAGAUCAAGUUGGUCAGCAGUGGUGCGAAGUAGGAUUUUUUUUCUUUGGCUGCUUGCUCUCUCGCUCGAUGGAGUGAAGGGGAGGAGGGCAUUAGGGC